AUGAACCCUGUCAGCACCGGAGAGUACCACGGGCUACGGGUAGGCUCAGCCCUGCUCAGUAUUGUGGCGGGCUGCAUCAUCAUUGGGGUAUCCAGGGAAUGCGAUGCUGAUGCAGUCGGAGGUAUCUUCCUGGGAGCGGGGGGCCUCGGCCUGCUAAUAGCAAUCUACCCCUUCAUAAAAGCUUGGCUGAACAUCAACCACAUCCUUCCAUCCUUUGCGAACUUCAGAGUGCACCCCGCGCCUGCCAAUCCUGCUCCCGAUCAGCCAGUUGAGACACUGAGACGAGAAGGGACUCACAGUCAGAUUAAUCUGGAACGGUCUAAGAGUCGUAUGGGAACCUUUGUGGAGGCUGGAACAAUAGCUGAAGCCAACCCGGAUGAGGGGACUUCUGCGGACAUGCCGGAUGUCUUAUCGAGACGGAAACUAAAGCCUUCAGAUCAAGAUCUGCCAUGAGGUCAUCACGUAGCAAGACUGGCCGCUCCAUGUGAAGGAAGCCGGAUGCAGAAGGUUGCAACUUCUGCAGAAGAAGUUUAAUUUUUCUGUAUUGAUCUUCCUUCACACUUAGUACAAAAAAGUACUGCUGUGUAAAUCUCUCUGCUGUGUAGAUCUUUAUAAAUCUCGUUUUCCUGUUCAUUUGUGA